AUGAACGAAGGAAAAAGCCAAAAUAUCUCUUCGGAAGUGGUGGCCAUUCUUCCAAUACUUCCUUUGCCUUUUGAAGGAGAAAUUAUUUUAAAUAACCAAACUUCUUUGGAAAAUAAUAAUUUAAUUGAAUUUUCGGCAACCGGUGUGGAUCGCAAUCCUUACGCUUUGGUAUUGGCAUUAGUUCCUGUUUUGACUAUUUUUGGUAAUUCAAUGGUAAUACUUGCCGUCAGAAAAGAGAAAUCACUUCAAUCUGUCACCAAUUAUUUAAUUGUUUCAUUAGCCUCUGCCGAUUUGUUAGUUGCCCUUUGUGUUAUGUUUUUUGCUGUUUACUACGAAUGGAAUUCAUUUGUUUGGGAUUUGGGACCUUCUCUUUGUAAUUUAUAUAUUGGUGCUGAUGUUGCUUGCUCAACCGCCUCAAUUCUUAAUUUACUUGCAAUUUCAAUUGAUAGGUAUAUAGCCAUUUCUCACCCCCUUGCUUAUUGCCAAAUUGGUGCUAACAGUUCGCGGGCUUGUUUGUCGAUAGCCCUUGUUUGGGCUGUCUCAAUUGCAGUUGCUGUGCCUGUUGCUUUUGGUGCUAACCACAUUGAACAAGAACAUGACUGUUCAUUUACCAAUCCAGUUUUUAUGAUUGGAAGUUCAAUUUUUUCAUUUUUUGUUCCCUGUUUGGCAAUGAUUGCACUCUACGCCGUUAUUUUUAGAAGACUUAGAGAAAGGGAAAAAGCUCGGGAUUUACGGAGAAAAGGGCAAACAUCUGGCACAGAAGGUGCUCUUGUUUUGAAUGCUUUAAUGGGAGGUGCUAGAAUGGCAAGGCAAAUAAACAAAUUUUUGAAGAUAAAUAUUCAAAAAAUAAAAUUUUAG